GAUUCUUUUGACAGAAUGCUUGUCCAGGUGUGCCUGUACUUCUAUUGCAAGUGUUUAUGGCGCUGCCUGAAAUUUGUGGUGCGGAAACUGACCGGACGAUGUGAGCUGCAAAGAAUCUGCUAUAAUAUCAAGCCUGGGGCUGAAAGAACUAUGAAAAUUGAAACAUCAUUGAGGAGUUCAAAAAAUAAGUUGCUCCAAAAUUCCACUAGCGUUCAUCCAGAUGCAAUUGAAAAAACUGUAGAUGCCAUCAUAGAACUGAAAAAGAUUAACCCAGCUGUAAACCCACAGCUAAGUGUAUCUCUGCAGGCCUGCCUUUUACAGAUUGUAGGGUACAGAAAUCUGAUUGCAGAGGUUGAAAAGCUGCGUCGAGAGCCAUAUGAUUCUGAAGAGGUUCUGCAUGAAGAAAUGCUUCUGAAGCUGUGGAAAUGCUUGAAACCUGAUUCUCCAUUGGAAGCUCGGAUUUCCAAGCAAUGGUGUGAAAUUGGUUUCCAAGGUGAUGAUCCUAAAACAGAUUUUAGAGGAAUGGGCCUUCUGGGGUUAUAUAACUUGCUAUACUUUGCUGAGCACAAUGGUCCUGCAGCUCAGCAAAUUCUCUUAGACUCUCUUCAGCCCAAAUAUAGGGAAAUCACUAAAGAGGAAAUAAGCAAAUACAGCAAGUCUGAAUGGGAAAAGAAAAAGUUUGAUAAAGCUAUUGGAUAUUCUUUUGCUAUUGUUGGCAUCAACAUAACAGAGCUUGCAUACAACCUGCUUGUGAGCGGUGCUCUGAAAACACAUUUCUACAAUGUUGCUCCAGAAGCUCCAACGUUAUCUCAUUUCCAGCAAACAUUUUGCUAUUUGAUGCAUGAAUUUCAUAAAUUCUGGAUUGAAGAGGAUCCCCUGGACAUAAUGGAGUUCAAUCGGGUGCGAGAGAAAUUCCACAAACGAAUUAUCAGGCAGCUCCAGAAUCCGAAUAUGGCAUUAUGCCCUCACUUUGCUGCCUCAGAAAGCUUGAUCAACCUGUAGCCAUUCCCAUGGCUUGGUUUGGAAACACUGUCUCGUUCUUGUGUUAUGCCACCAUCUAGAGAUAAAUUGCUGAUGUAUUGAAUGAUCACGGCAAGUGCAUGCAUGCUUCUCGAUGCGGUAUUCAUCUCUCGCGCUCUCUGAACCUCCUCCCACUGCUCCUCUGGAGAGCUUGGUCACUGACAAAGAGAGCUCAUAUUGCAAUAUCUUGCAGUGUUAAACAUUUUGAAUGGAUGUCCUGUAUUUUUUUCCCUUUCUGUUGGGCUCUUAUCCCCUCCCUUUCCCACUGCAUAAUUCAUUUAAUGAAAGAACUGUAUUUCUCUAGCUUGGGGUGGGGGGGGAUUUUAUUUCUUUUUGUUUAUAUAUACAGAAUAGUUUUAUUUGGAAACUUGUACUAUGGAAGCCUUUUAACUCCCUUUGUUUUAUGAUAACUGAUCCUUUUUUUUAAAUGGGCAUGAUCCAGUUGUAGUCACCUUUUGAACCGAAUGGCACUGAAGUCAAGAGGACUGAAAAGUGCUUGCUUUAACUGGGAUCAUGCAUUUGAACAUUAUUUAGAAGACAGUGUACAUGACUUGAGCCUGACCUUGGCAAAAUACAUUAAAUGUAAUGAUUUCUCCCUCAUGCAGACAUGCAUGCUUCAUGAAAAAACAAUAGUAAGAUUUAUAAUAAAAGCGUGUGAAUAAUUUUAACAUACAUAAAGAAUUUAUAAUGAGGCUGCGUUGGUAGGAGGGUUGAGGAAUUUGAGGGAAUGAAUUAAAUUGAUAAGAGUUCAAAAAAAAUACACCGAUGUAAGCAAGUCUCUGGCAACCUUCUGUAAUUUGGUGAUCUUCAUAUGUGCUGGACUGAUUCAUUAGAAGUUUACAUCGGACCACUGUCACCAUAUUCAGCUAAACUUUGAAAAUGCAGGAUUCAUGGGUUGUAUUUCUGCAUGUCUGAAUGCAAUUUGAUUGUGUGAGAGUGUGUUCUUGAUUGUUUUAAGGGGGCAAAACUAUAUUUUCUUCAUUUUUCAAUUAUUGAAUUUUGGGCUUGGAUUGUCAGCUCUGUUCCUAGCUGAAAGGAAUUAACAAAGAGGCACGAAGUGAGUAAACCUAACUGGUUAUUAAGCAAAUGACAAGGCGAUUUAAGGGAAGAAAACAUGCACAUUCUGUAUAGAACAUUCUCAUAAAAUUGUGCUGAAAUGACUGGUAGAUGCAUCAUCUUUUCCAUGAAGCUCAUGCAAACAUUCGUUGUUUUUUUUUAAAAAAAAUGGGCUUUCAGAGGAACAACUCCAUUUGGAUUUUCCUCAGCUCCUCUGACACCAUGUGUAAUCUACACUCAGUUGUAUUUGCCAUGCCAUUUCAUACUGUAUCAUGAUAUUUUUUUUAACCUUCUGACUGUUAUAGGGUAGGUUGUGAAGUUGCUUGCAUAGCAAGAUUGAAUUUGAGGUAUUGCCUAAUUAUUUGUGGAUUAUAUGAAUAAAUGACAUCAUUC